AUGCCAGACCGGAACAGAGUGCUGCUGAAGGCGCAGUUGAGACGCCAGCUCGUGGGCCGCCAGGACGCCUCGUACCACUACACCCGCUACGAGUAUUCGCCCAUGCGGCUCCCGAUGAGCGAGCUCGUGCUCGACGAGCCCGUGCUGGGCCCCGAAGAGCUGCACCAGCACGGCCUGUCCACGACCCCGCUGCUGAGCCUGUUUGGCCUCUACGUGCACCGCGCCAGCGGGACCACCCUGGUGCGCUGUGUCGGCAAGACGUCUUUUGCCGUCGACGGUGCGAACAAGUACGAGCUGCAGGACGUGGUUGUGCGGAGCCGCCGCCUCGAGCUGCUGCGGGCCGGACGCUGCGUGGCCGGCCAGCACUUUGUGGGGCCCGCCGAGGGGCCGGCGGCGCAGGCGGCGCAGGCAGGCACGGACGCGUGCGGCCGGGCGCUGGUGGCGGAGGUCCGCCGCCUGCUGGAUGACGUGGGUGGAGUCCCUGCGGACGAAACCCUGCUUGUGCCCCUGCUGCCUGUGUUUCUGGGCCACUGCGCGCCCGACAGCGGGACCCGGGCCGUCGACCUGGGCCCCGCAACCUACAAGCGCCGGCUGCGCGCGCUUGCUGCCGCCGCGGGGCGCUUUGUGCUCUUCCAGGAACACGCGGACCGCCGGCGCCAGACACUGACGCAGUGCGGCGGCCGCAGCGUCGACACCGCUGUCCGGCACGCCCUUGCCUACCGCAUCAGCGGCGACGCCCUCACCCGGCGCGUGGUGCGGUAUCUAUGUUGCGAUGCCGACCCCGACGCCCCCGUCGGCCCUCGGGCCUACGCACUGCGCGGAACGAAGCGCAGCCGUCUCAACCACGUCUUGCUGCGCCGAUCUGCCCGCUAG